UUGAAAUAACCCAAAUAUUAAUUCUUCCAAGCCAGCAGUGACCAAUAAACGACUAAAAAUCCGCGAGAAACCUCCACCAACUCCUCAAAACUAAUACUGCAGGCACCAAACUUCUGAUAAGUGCAAAAAACCAUUGAAAAUCGUUUUAUUUUCUCCCCUCGUGGGCCCCGCGUUUGACAGUUCAAGUGCACCCCUUUUUUUCUUAUUCAAAAAGCUGAAAGAUGAAUUCUUGCGAGGAACCGGAGAGUCCAGUGUGCGAUACACUGGACCUCAGUGGCCAGGGACUGAAGAAAUUGAGUCGGUGUCCCUCAGAUGCGGAUAUCAACACUCUGAUUGUUGAUGAUAAUGAACUGCAGCGUCUUGACAAUCUCGACAGUUAUCACAGAAUCACUAAGUUGUCAAUAGUGAGAAAUCAAUUACUGCGAAUGUAUGGAGUCUCCAAGUUGCACAAUUUGGUGACCUUGAACCUGGCGAACAAUGGGAUAUUGACGAUAGAAGGCAUUAAGGAUAUGCCGAAUUUAACUACUCUGUGUUUGGCAGGGAAUAAUGUCAAGUCCAUCGAACAUCUUCACACCAACACGAAGCUAGAGCAUCUGGACCUGUCUGAGAACAGCAUAAGUCACGUAUCUGAUAUUUCUUACCUGAGAAACUUGAAGGAAUUAUUUCUGCACAACAAUCGCAUAAUAACCCUGCGCCAAUGCGAGAGGUACCUCCCAACAUCCUUGGAGACUCUGACCCUCGCAAACAACAACAUAACAGAUCUCAACGAGAUGUCCCACCUCGGAAGUCUCACAAACCUCAUAAACUUCUCGAUAGCCAACAACCCCUGCGUCAGUGCCACUGGCAACAGUAUUGGAUUCGACUACCGACCGUUCGUUAUUAAUUGGUGUAUGAGUCUCAAAUCAAUCGAUGGAUAUCCAGUUGAUCCGAUUGAAAGCCUCAAGGCGGAGUGGCUGUACUCCCAGGGACGAGGUAGACAAUUCCGAGUGGGUGAGCAUUCCCAAUUGGCCCAGUACCUGGCCUCGGUGUGUCCCUUAUCAGGUGAAUGUCUCGAGAAUGAAACCGACAGGAAGUUGAGAUUAAUUCUCAGCAAAGCGCAGCAUCAUCAGCAACAGUUGAGCCAGCAAGGGGACACCGUCAAUGUUCACGGUAUGAGUGCCUCCCCAGCUGCCAGGAGGAGGCUGGGGGGUAGUCGCACGAGCUCCCCUCGACGUCCAAGUGUCACGAGAAAUUCCAUGAGGAUGAGAUCGCCUGACAGGAUGGUCGCCAGUUGCCACACCGAGACGAUGGUCUCCUCUUGUCAUGGGACAUUGGAGAGUCAUGAGCCACUCAUGACGCAGAGUCUGGAUCCUAAUAUGCUGUGCAAUACUUUCAACAGUAAACUCAGGGAGUCAGGGCUUCAGGAUGUUGAAGAAACAUCGAGUCCCCUCCAAGCAGCCACAAAACUCGUCCCAGUCCCCGAAUCCCUGAUGAGUCCAGACUUCCGUCCGCCCUCUGGCCUCUCCCGAAUCCUCCCAAAAACCCCCCCAAGCCGUCUCUCCUCUCCCAUUCAGACAACGAUCCCUGCCAAGCCCUCUGAUCCCUCCAAGUCCCACCCCAUAAUUAACACCACCACUCCCUCAAAAUUCUCCACCCUCAUCCACAAAUCGACCCCCUCCAAUCCCCCGAAGUCCAACAUAGCAAAGCCCAUUCAUCCCCCCGCCAACGGGAAGUGUCCUCAAUCAGUAAAAAUCAACAACUACGUGCAAUCGAAGACGAUGACACCGAGGAGAUCCCUGAAGAACUCCCCGAACCUUCCCCGAGCGAAACCCAAGCCCCAGAAUGACAAAACGAUAAAGCAACAGGCGAAUGGUUCAAAAAAACCGAAGGAGGACGAGAAUAUUCCAUCGAGCGACGAAGACAGUGAAUUCUGUCAGGCGAAACUGGACGGAAUUCGUCAUCGGGCGAUCCAACGACGUCAGGAGGACACGAAUAAGUCGGAAGACCAGACGGAGAAGGCGGCCCUGUUGAUCCAGAGGAUCUGGAGGGGGUACCACACGAGAAAUCUAAAUAAAAAAGCCACGAAUGUGCUGAAGACGAUAGAGAUGAUGAGGACAAACAAGUACAUACAGAAACUCUCGAGUGACAUGGAGGCGACGAGAACGGCUUUGGAGAGCGAACACAAGCUGCAGUUACUCCAGAUGCAGGCGAUCAACGCUCUCUGGAAGAAAGUAGUGAGCCUUCAACCCGGUAGAGACGAGGACUCCAAUGCGGACGUCGUAACAAACCUAGCGCAGACCUGCAACUUGCUUCACACUCAAGUGCAGCAGCUGCAGGACUCGAUGAGCGAGAUCAAGAGGUGCAUGUCCCACAUGCAGCCCAGAGCUGGGGUGGACCAGGUGGUGGCAACUCAGACCGAAAUCUCGGCUGUGCACACCCCCGCGGGGGAGGAGAACACUUUUCCCUACGGCAGGACUAUCCACAGGCCUCAGUCCUUGUCCAUUCACCAGACCAUUCACGAGGGAGCUGAGAGCAAGAGUUUCGCAACUAAUUUAGUCGAUUCAGUGCUCAAGAAGGUCUCCCAGAGCACUGACACCACUGAUGAUGAAGUCAAUACUGAUAUAUUGAAUUCCAGUAGUAAUCCAGAGUUAGGGGAAUUGGUCAGGGGCAAAGAGGGGGAGGGGGGGCAUGGAGAGAUGUUCAAGAGUUGUGAGGAGAUCGAGGGGCUCAGGGAGGAUGGGGUCGAGGGGUUCGAGGAUGUUGUUGAGAGCGAGGAGGUGCUGUGCAAGGAGCUCCAGGGGAUGAUCGAGAAGGAGGGCGAGAGGGAGGAGGGGGAUUGUGAUAUGGGGGAGGGGGCGAGGGAGUAG